AUGACGUGGUUAUUUUGCCAGCCAGCCCAGGACGCUGUACAGACAUUGUACGAAGCAUCUCGAUUUGCCGCGUUACUCAUACCAAGUUGUCCUGGAGCCAUUCAUGAUUUGGCAAAAAAUAAAGACUUAGCACAAUUACUAAACAAUUUUAUUGAUGAGAAAAAGCCAAUAUGUGCAGUAGGAUUUGGUGUUGGUGCUCUCUGUCCCGCAAAGAAAGAUGACACACAGUUAUGGAGUUUUUCUUCCUAUUGUAUCACAGCACCAUCUGUUUAUGAACUUGCCAAGGGUUCAGAGCUAGCUACAAUGCCAAUAAUAUUGGAAGACUUUAUAAAAGAUUCUGGGGCUAACUACACAGCAACUGAACCUGAAGGUGUACAUGUAGUGGUGGAUAGACACCUUAUUACUGGGCAGAAUGAUCAGUCUACACUAACAGCUGUACAGAACCUCAUAUUAUUAUGCAAUGCCAGGUAA